AUGACACUUCUUAUUCCAGGCCCUAAGUGUCCAGGCAAUGAUAUUGAUGUAUACUUACAACCAAUGAUUGAAGAGUUGAAAGAACUAUGGGACGGGGUGGAGACUUAUGAUGCACACUCAAAAUAUAAUUUUCUUAUGUGUGUGGCUCUCCUGUGGACGAUUAAUGACUUUCCUGCAUAUGGGAACCUUUCAGGAUGGUCAACCAAAGGCAAACUUGCAUGCCCUUGUUGCCAUAAAGACACACAAUCAGUUUCCUUACGUAAUAAGUUAUGUUAUAUGGGUCAUCGUCGCUUCCUUCCCAUAAACCAUCCAUGGCAUAGAAACAGGGUGUUAUUUGAUGGGAAAGUGGAAAUGGGGGAUGCACCUAGCCCUUUAACAGGUGAUGAAGCACUUAUGCAAUUACAAGAUUUGGGCAAUGUGACUUAUGGUAAAGUGCAAAAGCGAAAGCGUAAUGUUUCUAACAAUGCUUAUAAUUGGAGGAAGAAGAGUAUCUUUUUUCAAUUGCCUUAUUGGAAGAAUCAUAUGUUGCGACAUAACCUUGAUGUGAUGCAUAUAGAAAGAAAUGUGUCCGAUAAUAUUUUAUCAACUGUGAUGAAUAUGGUUGGAAAGACAAAGGACACGUUGAAAAGUAGAUAUGAUUUGGUGGACCUUGGAAUCAGGCAAGGAUUUCAUCCAAUUGAGGAUGGGGACAAUAUUUUGUUACCGGCGGCAUGCUAUGCAUUGUCCCUACAAGAGAAGUUGAAGGUAUGUGAUUUCUUAGCUAAUUUGAAGGUUCCAGAUGCCUUUUCAUCAAACAUUUCAAGGUGUGUUAACAUACUUGAGAAAAAGAUACAUGGAUUGAAGUGUCAUGAUCAUCAUGUAUUAUUACAAGACAUUUUUCCAGUAGCUAUACGUGGUUUGUUGCCUAAGGAAGUCUGUGAACCAAUUAUAGCCUUAGCCAAAUUUUUCAAGAAUCUAUACUCUAAGUGCUUGACAAUUGAAGAUCUUGAUAUCCUAGAGGCUGAAAUUCCUAUCAUAUUGUGCAAACUUCAAAUGGUUUUUCUUCCGGCGUUCUUUGAUGUCAUGAUUCAUUUGACAAUUCACUUGGCAAGAGAGGCAAAGCUUGGUGGACCAGUUCAAUAUCGGGAUAUGUACCCUAUUGAGAGGUCAAAAGGUGAGAUGUCCAUCUUUAAAAACAGUGGGCAACCAAAAGGUGCUGCUACAGAUAGCAAGAAGCUACCUCAUGAUGAGUUCAACCAAGCAUGCAUGUAUGUGCUUCAAAAUUGUGAAGAGAUAUUUGUGUUAUCUGCACAAGGAUGCGCAAAUGAUGAUCUCAUAAGAUUAGCUGUCAGUCCUGACCCAUUGGUUCAUCGAUAUUCAACAUUUAUGGUGAAUGGAUUUAGAUUUCAAACAAAAGAGCUUGUGAUAAAAACACAAAACAGUGGAGUUCUUGUUAGAGGAGAUGAUUCAGACCCUAAUAAGGAGUAUUAUGGUGUAUUAAAGGACAUUUAUGAGUUGUCUUAUGUGGGGAACAGGAAAGUUUACCUAUUCAAGUGUCAUUGGUGGGAUGUGGCUCGCCUAGGAAGAGGAUAUAAGAUUGACAAAUAUGGUUUUACAAGUGUGAAUACUCAUUGUGCCUUGAAUAUAAAUCAGCCAUUUGUGUUGGCAUCUCAGUCCGAGCAAGUCUUUUACUUGAAUGACAUGGUCAAUAAAGAUUGGCUUGUUGUUGUAAAGACAAAUCCUCGCGACCUUUUCAAUAUUCCUGAAGUUGAAGAUGAAGCAUUACUUAACGAAGAAGUUUAUCAACAAGAGGAAGUUGAAUGUAAUAUUUUGCGUACCAAUGACCAAGAAACUGAGAUUGAGGUGUCUUUACACAGGGAUGAUAUUGAACCACAAACUGUUUUACGUACCAAUGACCAAGGAAAUGAGGAAGAUGCUUUCAUUAAUGACAAUGAUAUAGAUGUAUCCGAGAAUGAAGAAGACGAAGAAGAGUUACUUGAUGAUAAUGAUGGAGAGGACAUUGAUACAUCCUCUUGA